ACGCAUACCAUCUGAAGUAACAGACAUGCCCAGGCACCAGGCUCCUUGGAACCAUAUAAACUACUAUCAAAAUCCAAACAGGUGGCAGUCCAGCUGUUUACUUGUUAGCUCUAAAAUAUGUAUGCUAAUUUGUUUGGGAAUUCAGUCAACAAAACUGCUUAGUGAAGAGAAUAUCAAGAGAUUUAUGUCUCUAAAAAAAUCUUCUAUUUGCUAGUAUAAAAAAAUAAAUCUUGGGAAUGUUUCUUUCCAUGAUAUCUGAAAUUACUGUGUUGAGAAAGAUAAAUUAGCUUUCAUGAUCAAGACAUUUAAUAAAUUAAUAAUCAGCCUACCUGUGGCAGCUUAGUUAAAUGUUUAGAAAUUUUACAUGAAAAGAUCAUAUUGAGGAACUAUAAAAUGUCAAAUUAUAAAUGGGAAUAGUUAUCUUGUAAUAGUUAUUAAAAACUAUACAUUUAUUUAAUUUAAAGAGUCAGGUAAUUCAUAAGUCAUAUUCAUCUACUCUAACUCAUAUUUUUAUUUCAUAUCUAGCUCAAAGGGAACAGUUUUUCUAGCUGUGUUUUAAAAAUUCUUUAAGGCUUGAUCUUUUUGAUAUCAUGAAGUGAUUUAACUCUUAAUGUAUUUCAAUAAUGAUGCUGCUUUUCAUGUAUCCUGGAAGAAAGAUCUUUUGUUUAUAUUUGGAUGAGACAGUUGAUAUAACAUUUUGAGAAGAGAUUAUUACCUGUGAUAUGGCCAAAACCAGUGAAAUAACUUGAUUUUGACUAUUUCUGGCAGACUAUGGAUGUUAACAGGAGAUGCCAAGUUACUUCAUUUACUAGAUUUUGGAAAUGUCUGUCUGCCCUCGUAAUGAUUAGAGACUUGUCAUAAUCUGGAAAGUUUGUGGGGACAUCCAUGGACAGUUCUUUGACUUGAUGAAGCUCUUUGAAGUGGGGGGAUCUCCUGCCAACACUCGCUACCUCUUCCUAGGGGACUAUGUUGACAGAGGGUACUUCAGUAUCGAAUGUGUGCUCUAUUUGUGGGCUUUGAAAAUCCUUUACCCCAAAACACUGUUUUUACUUCGUGGAAAUCAUGAAUGUAGACAUCUAACAGAGUAUUUCACAUUUAAACAAGAAUGUAAAAUAAAGUAUUCAGAACGUGUAUACGAUGCCUGUAUGGAUGCCUUUGACUGCCUUCCUCUGGCUGCCCUGAUGAACCAGCAGUUCCUGUGCGUACAUGGUGGUCUGUCUCCAGAGAUUAACACUUUAGAUGAUAUCAGAAAAUUAGACCGAUUCAAAGAACCACCUGCUUAUGGACCUAUGUGUGAUAUCCUAUGGUCAGACCCUCUGGAGGAUUUUGGAAAUGAGAAGACUCAGGAACAUUUCACUCACAACACAGUCAGGGGGUGUUCAUACUUCUACAGUUACCCGGCUGUAUGUGAAUUCUUACAGCACAAUAACUUGUUAUCUAUACUUCGAGCCCAUGAAGCCCAAGAUGCAGGGUAUCGCAUGUACAGGAAAAGCCAAACAACAGGCUUCCCUUCUCUAAUUACAAUUUUUUCAGCACCAAAUUACUUAGAUGUAUACAAUAACAAAGCUGCAGUAUUGAAGUAUGAGAAUAACGUUAUGAACAUCAGGCAAUUCAACUGUUCCCCUCAUCCAUACUGGCUUCCAAACUUCAUGGAUGUUUUCACUUGGUCCCUGCCAUUUGUUGGAGAGAAAGUGACUGAGAUGCUGGUAAACGUCCUCAAUAUCUGCUCAGAUGAUGAACUAGGGUCAGAAGAAGAUGGAUUUGAUGGAGCAACAGCUGCAGCCCGGAAGGAGGUGAUAAGGAACAAGAUCCGAGCAAUAGGCAAAAUGGCCAGGGUGUUCUCAGUUCUAAGAGAAGAAAGUGAGAGUGUGCUGACGCUGAAAGGCUUGACUCCAACGGGCAUGCUCCCCAGCGGAGUGCUUUCUGGAGGGAAGCAAACCCUGCAAAGUGCUAUCAAAGGAUUUUCUCCACAACAUAAGAUCACUAGCUUCGAGGAGGCCAAGGGCUUAGACCGAAUUAACGAGAGGAUGCCGCCUCGCAGAGAUGCCAUGCCCUCUGAUGCGAACCUUAACUCCAUCAACAAGGCCCUCACCUCAGAGACUAACGGCACGGACAGCAAUGGCAGUAAUAGCAGCAAUAUUCAGUGACCACUUCCUGUUCACUUUUUUCUUUUUGUUUUUCCUUUUUUUUUUGAGCUGCGGGGCAUGGUGGGGCUUGCUGCAUAUCAGCAGUUGGAUGUUCUUGCCUCAGAUGGUAGCUUAUUUGCUCUGGGGGCCAGGAAUUGGAUUCAGUUUACACUAUCAUUAAAAAAGAGGGAGAGAGAUAAUAAACUAUAUUUUGGUGGGGCUGGUGAUUAAACACCUCCUUUGGGUAUGCCUUUUAAAAAUGCUUAUAGGAAAAAAAUUUUAGAAGAAAGCUAAUGCUAGUAUGUACUGCAAUGUUAGAGGAGAGAAUAUGUUUUCCUACUACAUUGGGGACGUCUAGAUAGGUUAAUGAAAGGCCUUUUAUUAUGUUACUGGACAUGAAAACUUUGUCUAAUUUCUUACUCUAUUGUACGUUUACAGUCGCAGCACUAAUGGAUGACAUCAAACAUUUUUAACAAAAUGAUGUAAAAACUAAAUAAGGACUAUUUAUUGAUAAUGUUUUGCUACUCUUGUCAGACAAUGGCUAUAAACUGAAUUAGGCAGUCUUAAAAAAAUAGAAAAAGAAAAAAAAAAAGAAUGUUGCAAAUUUGUUAAAAUGCCAAAAAGGACAGUUAAUUUUGUACAGAUUAUGCUUACCUCAGGUUUCUUUAGUGUGCUUGAAUGCCCUUCUUUCCAUAGAACACUUAUUAAUUUGGCAAUGAAUAACUUUUCUUUUCAAGUUUUAAAAAACUGGAAUAAUUACAUCUAUCUUUUUUGCUGUUUAUAUUUAGGGUUUUUUGUUGAAAAAUCAAGUCUUGGUUGUGGCUUGCUGAAUUAAAUAUUUAUGAGUGGUGCAUUUUUAAGUAUAGUAAACAAGACACCAUAUUAAGUACAGUGAUAAAGCAUCUAUAUUCUGUAAAAAAAAAAAAAAAAUCUGCCUAUGCAUGUUUUUUAAGGAAAAAAAAAUGGCUGUAUUGGCCUGUAUGGGACUGUAAUGCGCUUAGUGGUCUGACAUAUACUGGAAAUGUAUGUAUACUGGCGUACUUUAUAUUCUAAAAUGCUUAAUGCCUUUGAAAUUUUGUAAUCAAAAAGCUUUGAAAAAAAUCUAAAGGGGAGAGUAUUCUUAAAAGUUUUUAACAUAAGCUUGUCAGUGCACAUAGAUGGUUAGCAUGUUUAGCAAACCUUGUGAACUUUAAAUAAGUUUGUAGUUACAUGUGAAACUCUAAAUGCAUGGUGACUGUUAAUGUCAUAAUGGUUUAGUUAUUUUGUUCUGUUCUGUCAUGUGCCACAAAAUAUGUACUUUUUUCACUUUUUUCCCUUUGUAUAUCAGUUACGGGUUACAACUGGUUCAUUCUGAAAACAACAACAAAAGUCCAUUCAUAUUUUUUAACAAUUGUAUAAGUGCCCAAGUAAUUCACUACAGCCUAAAGCCUUGCCUUUGUAAUUUGACUUCUGAAAUGUUGGCAAUCAAAGCAUGCACUUGUAACAAUGAAAAACAAAAAGCAUUUUAUAUUACUACUCAAUAAAAUGUGCAUGAACUUAAA